GGUGGCGGAUGCGCCCGCGCACACUCCGCCGCGACUGCUGCACUACAACUGUUUACAAUAUUAUAAUUUUAUCAUAAAUUAUCAUAGUGCAUAGAAAUAGUAUUUACUAUUUAACUUGUUUAUUAUAUCGCGGAAGAGUGUAUAUAUAGUUAUUUAAUCUCGACAAGGAAAUAUAUCGGUGCAAACAAAGUCAACCAGCGCUCGCCGCGUUUAUUUAUUGUUGAAUAGUAUUUGUUGAAAUACAACCCGUAACAUGAAGCUGGAAGGAAGGUUGUCGAAGGACAACAUCAACCCGCACCUGCUGGACAUCGAGUACGCUGUUCGCGGGCCGCUGCUGCAACGCGCUGAGCAGAUACAACGCGAACUGGACAAGGGCGUGAAGAAGCCGUUCACGAAAGUGAUCUAUGCCAAUGUCGGCGACUGUCACGCGCUCGGGCAGAAGCCCAUCACCUUCAUCAGACAGGUGUUGUCGCUGGUGUCGGAUCCGGAGUGCAUCGCGUCCUCGGCCGCGCCGGAGGACGUCAAGCAGAGAGCUCGCGAGCUGCUCGCCGACUGCACGUCGGGGUCGGUGGGGUCGUACUCCCCGCCGGCGGGGCUGCGCAUAGUGCGGCGUCGCGGGGCUGAAUACCUGCGCAAGCGCGACGGUGGGGUACCAGCCGACGUUGAUGACAUCCUGCUCGGCGCCGGCGCCACCGACCUCAUACGGGCCGUGUUUCAGUUGAUCAACUGCCCCGUUGACGGGAAACCGCCAGCGGUGAUGGUGCCAGUGCCGCAGUACCCGGUGUUCUCGGGGCUGCUGGCGGAGCUGGGCGUGCGGCGAGUGGACUACCAGCUGAGCGAGGAUGCCGGCUGGGCGCUGGACCCGCGCGAGCUGCGCCGCAGCUGGCUCGCCCACGCGGGCGACCACGCGCUCAGGGCCAUCGUAAUCAUCAACCCCGGGAACCCCACCGGACAGGUGCUGUCCCGUGAGAACAUAGAGGAGGUGGUGCGGUUCGCGUACGAGCACGGGCUGCUGAUCCUGGCCGACGAGGUCUACCAGGAGAACAUCGUCUGCAAGCCCUUUCACUCCUUCAAGAAGGUGAUGCACGAGAUGGGCGAGCCGUACGCCAGCAUGGACCUGUGCAGCUUGCUGACGCUGUCCAAGGGCUGGUCGGCGGAGUGCGGGCUGCGCGCGGCGCUGGCCGAGCUGCGCGUGUGCCGCGACGUGAGCGCCGUGCUGGGCCGGGCGCGGGCCGUCGCGCAGUGCCCGCCCGUGCUGGGGCAGUGCGCGCUCGACUGUGUCCUGCGUCCCCCGGCGCCGAGCGAGCCGUCGUACGCGCAGUUCUCCCAGGAGCGGUCACAGAUACACCGCACACUGUGCGCCCGCGCCGCCGCCGCGCACGCCGCCUUCAACGACAUACCCGGAUACUCCUGCAAUACUAUCGAUGGCGCGAUGUUCGCGUUCCCGCGCGUGGAGAUCCCGGCGCGGGCGCAGGCGGCGGCGGCGUCGCUCGGACACACGCCCGACGAGUUCUACUGUCUCAGGCUGCUCGAAGCGACAGGUAUCUGCGUGGUGCCGGGCAGUGGGUUCGGACAAGCCGCGGGCAGCUUCCACUUCCGCACCACCAUCCUGCACGAGCGGGACACCUUCCACCACAUGCUGCGGGAGUUCCGACGGUUCCACCUGAUGUUCCGCGAGGAGUUUGCUGAUGAGGAAUAGAACUAGAACUGUCGAGUAUAAGGGGAGUUUUAUAUGGAGUGGGCCAGAGGUUGAUUGGCAUGAUUCCUUAAACUGUAUCGCUUAUUUAUUAUUUUAUAGGAGAUUUAUUAACAAAAUCUGGCACCAUUACGCACGAGUAUAAAUUAUUAUAUCAGUUUGUUUUUUACUAUAUAGACUUUUUAGGUCUAUUUUAUUUGUUAUUUAGGCUGUGGAUUAUUUUUUGUUUUAAUACAGAUGAAUUUAAUUCGUAUUAAUCUAUUUAGAUGGGAUUGAAAGAAAAUAUUUCAAAUAAUCUCUAAUUUUAUUUCUGUUCUAGGUUAAGUUUAAAUAAAUAAAUAGUUACACUUAUUA